AUGGUCAAGGAACUCGCCACGCGGAUAGCCGUACUCGAAACCGAGAAUGAAAGACUCAAAAACAAACAAGUUCCUCCUAAAAGGAAACCCAGGAUCCAGAUACUCCAUGCUUUCACCGAGCGUCAAGACCAGAUUAUCUGCCUCCAAGAACCGAGCUGGACAUUCGACAAGAAUGAUUGUCUGAAACUCAAAGCAGAAUCACCCCUUUUCAAUCCACAACAGUAUUUCCAAAAAAAUGGAGAUAUUGUAUUAGUAGUGUACAAGUGGUACUCCGCGCCGGGGCUCUCACGUGCGGGGGUUGCGAAGCGACUGGGUGCAGAUACUUUGCCUGCUCCAACAUCGGCCUCUGAGAGCAUUGAGAUCAAGUCAAAAGAAAUUCGCAGUGCUUUGGAGAUAAUCCUUAAAGCACAGCCUUCUUUCCAACGAGACUUCCCAGAACUCUCCCUAGACAAGCCAUUAAUGGCCCCUUACUCAUUUUGGUUUCGGUACAGACACAACGCCUCUGUGUGGUCAUCACUACAGUCAAACCAUCAAAUGCUGCUCAAGAUCCUGAUUGGUUUGAUAGAAAAGAAUUAUAGAAGCCUGUACGAGGGGGCAUCUAAGCAGCACUCCAGAGGUCAUGUUUCACAUGAUUCCAUGGAAUUCCUAUUUCAACCUGGAGACGUUGUCGUAUGGAAGGAUGGCGAACAGGUCAAAGGGGCUCUCACCACAGGAGUUCCUGUACUGAAGGAAAUUUCCUAUUACAGAACGCACAGAAAAGAGGCUUUCGUAAAUUUCCAAUCAGAGGUGGAUGCCGAAGCUAGCAAGAAAAAAAUCGCAUGGCACUGGGAAGUACCGUGUUGGCGUCUCGGAUAUAACGGAGACUUUCAUAAAGUAACAGCAUCCCCGCACCUUGAGUUGCUUGCUGAAGGAUUCGCGGAUGUGAUCAAGAUACAAGAUCUCAAUUUGUACCCGGUGCGGUUUGCUAGUAAGGAGGUGCAACAACAGUUGAUGGAAAGAGGGAAGACUUUCUGGUCCUGUAGGACGAAGAGAUUUGUGGCGUAUCGGGGUACCGACGAAGAUACACUCAACGCUCGAUAUAUGGUCGACUUUGCAUCGUACAAGACCCUUCACCUCGACAAGCAAUCAUCAAAGAAGUCUGGAGCAAGAACCGAUCAAAACACAAUUCCGGUAAUCGUUUCUGAGCAGAAUGGAUUGCCUUCAAUACCGGAACUAUAUCUGUUCCCAAACACUAUCCCUGGUUUUUCGUUGCGGCUCAUAGAUGAUCUUAUUGUGGACCGAAUACGUGAAGUGGCAUGGAACAAGGAAGUCUUCAAGCAUCUCGUCGCAGAUGAUAAGACUAAAGAGUUUGUCCAGGCUCUUGUGGCGAAUCGCAUCUCGGCUGAAAGGAAUACCGACUUGAUACAAGGGAAAGGGAACGGGCUUAUUAUGCUCUUACAUGGCGGCCCUGGCACGGGCAAGACUUUCACAGCCGAGAGUGUUGCAGAAAUGGCAGAAAAGCCUCUAUAUCCCGUCACUUGUGGCGACAUUGGCACAGAGCCUGAGCAAGUCGAGAAAUAUCUGGAAUCUGUAUUGCACAUGGGCAAGAUAUGGGAUUGCGUUGUUCUACUCGAUGAAGCUGAUGUCUUCUUGGAAGAGAGAAGCAUGACCGAUUUAACACGUAAUGCUUUGGUAUCGGUUUUCCUCCGCGUACUUGAGUACUACGACGGCAUUCUGACCCUCACAUCUAAUCGCGUAGGGACCUUUGAUGAAGCCUUCAAAUCGAGGAUCCAGCUCGCCUUACACUAUCCAAGUCUCACCAAAUCGCAAUGGUGUUGCAUCUGGAAGAAUUUCAUCGAGCGGUUGAAGUCACUGGCGGAGCCAGAUAUCGACUUCGACGAUAUCGAAUGCGGCGUCAUGGAACUGGCUAACGAAGAGCUCAAUGGGCGACAGAUACGCAAUUCAAUCACGAUCGGGCGACGGCUGGCCAGGUUCCAAGGAAAAGCACUAUCACAUCAGCAUUUAAGUCAUGUCAUCAAAGUCUCAGGGCAGUUCGAGACCUACCUAAAAAAUACGAAGGAAGGCUUGAGCGAUGAUCGGAUUGCAAGGGCAAAUGGAAUUCGUUUUUGA